UUUGAAACGCCAAACCCACAUACCCAUCAUCGGUUUUUCUCAUUCUUGGACCUUUACAUACAUCGUGAAGGAGACAAUUUGAGGUGGGUUUGGUUUUGUUUUGAGGGAGACAGGGGAAGAGAAAUGAUGUGGGAAGGGGGAUCGUCAUCAGCGGCGGCGGAGGAAGCCGCUGGUGGUGGUGGUGGUGGAGGGAGGAGGAAGCCGUCGUGGAGAGAGAAAGAGAAUAAUCGGAGGAGAGAGAGACGACGGAGAGCUAUUGCGGCCAAUAUCUUCAAUGGAUUGAGGGCACAAGGAAACUACAAUUUGCCUAAGCAUUGUGAUAACAACGAGGUCUUGAAGGCUUUGUGUAAAGAAGCUGGUUGGGUUGUUCUUCCAGAUGGCACUACUUUUCGUAAGGGAUGCAAGCCAUCACCUUCCUCCAUUGAAAUCAAAUGCACAUCAGCCAACACAACACCAUCUUCUUCCCAGAGACCGAGUCCACCAUCUUCAUCGUUUCCGAGCCCAUCCCGCCUUGAUUCCAAAAACCCGCCAUCAAAUAACCCUUUCGGCUUUCUUUCCAACUCCAUUCCGCCAUCACUCCCACCUCUGCGUAUCUCAAGCAGCGCCCCUGUGACCCCGCCUCUUUCUUCCCCAACUUCAAAGUUUCCGAAAAAGAACAAUCUUGAUUGGGAAGAUUUCACCAAACAAUACACUUCCACCUUCAGUCUGCCAGUUUUUGCAUCAUCGGUGCCCACUAGCCCGAACAGGCACCAGCGGUUCAGGCCUGCUACUAUACCAGAGUGCGAUGAGCCUGAUUGGUGCACCACUGGCUCCUUCCAACGGCUGAGGUUCCAAGAUUGUGAUCCAAUGAUGGUGAACCCCAAUUCUCCGACAUUUAACCUUGUGAACCCAAAUGCUCGAGUGGUUGCCACCAAUGAUCCGAUCCGAGAGAAGGGGAAAGGGGUGAAGGCGUGGAAAGGUGAGCGGUUUCAUGAUGUUGGUUUCGAUGAUCUUGAACUCACCCUUGGAAGCGGGACCGCUAAGAUAUAAGCGUACGUAUAUUGAUUGAUGCUGGAAUUCUCAAGAUUUGAAGACUUAGAGGUUAGAAUAUGCAUCGAAUUCUUUUGAAGUGACGAGUGAUCUUAAAGAUUCGAUCUUGAUUUUGGAUUUUGGUUCAUCAUUUUAGUGAAUAGAAAGCCAUGUUUAUGAUUCAUGUGGAUAUUGGUAUGGUGAAGAAGCUUGAUCAUGUCUAUUGUAGAAUCUGGGUUUCAUCUCAAAGUUGGAAGCAAUUGGCAUUGAGAUGAAUCUUUUAUGGUGUUAUGAA